CCAUGCGUUAUGUCUAUGGAAUCUAGCACCCGGUAUUCGGUAUUUCAUUGCAUUUUAUUUCAUCUUUCCUGAGUGUUCGAUAGUUCUUGAAAAUUUAAAAAAUUUUCGCACUAUUGCAUUUUUCAUAAAAAAAAAAUAUAUAUUAGCCAAAAAUAAUAAAUAAACAGUCUUAGCAUUAUUCAAUGGCCUUAUUAUCAAGAAAUAUAUUUGAAAUUUCAAAAUACACUUUAAUAUUAUCACGGCGCCUGAUACAUAAUAUUGUUGAUAAAACCAAUCAAUCAGAAGCAGUAAUACGAAAUGGACCCUUAGACGAUGAUUUUGUAGUACCGAAUGGGCCUUUAGACGAAGAUCUUCCCAUUAAAAUGGAAAGAAAUCCAUUUGAGAAAGAAAAAAAAUUAUGUGUUUUAUGUAGAUUAAACAUAACUCCUGAUUGGAAAAACGUACGACUAUUGUCACAAUUUCAAAGUGCAUACACUGGAAGAAUUUAUGGGCGUCAUAUAACUGGUUUAUGUAAGCAUAAGCAAGAAUUAGUUGAACGUGAAAUUCUCAAAGCACAAAAUUGUGGUUUUAUGAGUUUUUACUAUAAAGAUCCUAAUUUCUCAUACGACCCAAUGCUUUUUGAUCCUAAUAAUCCAUUUAGACCACACAAAUAUUAGUGAAAAGAACUUUCUAUAAUUGAAUUGUAACUUAAUUUGACGAUUUUCUUUUUUUCUAAAAUACUAGACACAAUAAAAAGAAAAAAAAACA